AUGGCCUCGAUUGCUCUCGAAGACAUCUGGGACGCUCCUGCAGAGCCCUCUUACCCUCAUGCUUCUGUCAAGACAUCUCGCACAGAAGAGGAUGAUGAUACCACAACUUUACCCCCUAGCAAGCGGCCAAAAUCGACCCUUUUCCUUGACUCUGAUGACUCUGAUGAUGUCUCGCGCCCGGCCACGCGCAAAGUCAUCCCUCCUGCGACGAAUCGCUCUGAGAUAGAUGCAAUGUUUGACGCUCUAGAGGAGGAGCCGGACGAGGCGUUUCAGGACCUCCCGCCUUCGCUCAACCUGGAUGCGCUCCGCAAGGAGGCGGACGCUAAGAAUGCGAAGGCGCAUGCCAAGGCAAAUCCCCUUGACCUGACUGGAGAAUCCUCACAAAACGCAUCAGGCGCGGCGCGAGGCAACAGUAAGGACGACAAGGAUACCACGGAGAAGAAAAGAAAGCCAUUGCCUAAGCUGGACGAGGCCAGGUUGCUUGGCCCGGACGGGUUCCCUGCACUGGUCAAGCAAACGAAGAACUUUAAACCUAAAGGAAAAGGACAUGAGUUCUGGACGCACAGAAUGUAUCCCAAGACACAAUUCCGGGAUACUGUUCAACGAGUAGAGAAGCUCUGUCAUUCAAAACGAAUGCAUGUCGCUUUGAGCGUCUGGCGAGAUGAGUCCAAAGGGCUUAUCAAUGGUCGCAAGGUAGAUGCAGCGCUCUCGGACAGCGACAACAGCAGCGACGACGAUAAUGGGGGUAUGCCAAGGAACUCAAACGCAGCCUCCAUCGCUCAAGACAUAGUGACUGCCCCGACGGCAUCAUCGUCGCGCGCACCAUCGCGACCUCCGUCAUCUUCGGAACCUCCUUCAUCUGACGGUUUUGACGACUUCGACAUAGACGCUAUCAUUCGCGAGGAGGAAGAGCAACAGCGAGUUGCCUCGGAAAUGUCUCGACAGGUGUCUUCUCCCGACACGAACCCUCAGUAUCGUUCCAAACCAACCGUGGCUCCCAGCCCCAAUGUCGACGACGAAGCCAUGUGGGAGCAGCUCAUAGACGAGCUGCCUGACGCCGCAUUGCCUCCUGUAAGCCCGCCAAGCAUUGCGCCAGCUUCGUCAGGGAAUUUUAACAACGAUAUGGAUGAGGACGAAGACAUGUGGGACGCGGUGCGGGAGAUAGAGGCAGCAAGGGACAGUAUCAGCACAUCGUCUAUUCAUAUGCAAGACGCAAGCCUUGUCCAGAAUCUCGACCCACCCACCAACGAAGAAGGAUGGGACGAGAUGUAUGCAUGA